AUGCCACCACCCAAGCGCACAAGAAAGACAUCUGCUAGCAAAGCACCCCAGAAGGCUUCGGUCUCGCCUCGUGAGGCACCCCUCGAUGUGGCUGACAAAAAGUUCAGACGCCGCACGAACGACGCAAACAAAGCAAAGACACCAGCAGACAAAGUUGCACGCAACUUCUUGAUCUAUCCUGACUACUGCCCACCUACAUCGACACUGGAUAGCGAUCAGGUGAACUUCCCAAACAUCGAGUGGAAGGCAACGCCACAAGAUGUGACCGACCACGAGGAUUGCCACCUCCUUCACGCCAAGGAGAUUCCAAUCGUGUCGAAACUUGUUUUGACUCCGUCAGAUUACAUCUAUAUCAAGCGUCGCUUUUUUGCCCAUCGUCUUGCGUACGCAAGAAAGGGUCAAUCCUUCAAUAUCAACGCGGCUCAACUUGCUUGUAAAGGAGCGGAUGAGUACGGCAUAACCGGCAUCGAUGUCAACAAGACCAGCAGGCUGCACAAGGCUUUUGACAAAGUUGGCUGGCUUGACGAGAAACAUAUGCAGAAAUACCUGUGA